GUUGAGAGGAAAUACCGAAGCGCCUCCAAAAUACUGAAUUGAAUUGAGCUAAAAUGAGCUCCUGUUGUGUUUGCAAGCUACUGAGGAGAUCGUUCAUCUGAAAACAGCUGCCUAAAAUCUUCCUCUAGUCUCUGUUUAUAUCGAGGGAAGCUGUGAACAAGGAGUUCUUGCUGUGCCUUACCAAAUCUGCGACCAUGAUGGAGCGAAGAAGAGCCUUGACUCUUCCUUUUAAUGUUAAAAAGGAUAACCUGGUGGAAAAUCCACUCAGAAUUCCCAUGACAUGUCAUUCACCAGACUAUGGAAAGUUAGAAAGACAGCAGGUGUCCUGGACAGCGUUUGCAGGUUGUAAACUCAGGCAGCUGGAUUCACCGCAUAAAAAUGGAUCCAACAAUUUCGAUCACAUCCUCGCUAUCAUGGGCAGGAGGAAGCCCCGUCUGGUCCUGCCAGAUGUCCUACAGACAGAACACGGCAAGGAUUAUUUGGAAAGGAUAAAACAGAGUCGUGCGUCGGAGAAUUGCGGACACCUGUCAAGUACAGGGAGAGAGAGCGGAGGGAGCAGAGAGGAAACCAUGAUCUGCAGAGAAACCAGGUCCAGUCAGACUGAGGCCAGGACUGGUAAAAACAAGAGUGUAACCCCUAAAUGCAACCAGAAGACCCCCUCCUCAUCCUCUAAUAGGUCAAAAGUCAGGAGAAGGUUACAAAACGCUGAAGAGGAAGAAGAGGACGGAGAAGACAACGAAGACGUGGAGGACGUGAUCAUUGGCAAGAACAACGGAGAGGACUACAAGUUUGCUGAAGUUGUAGAUUGCGGGUUGUCGGUAAGCUGGAAGCCUGCAGACGACACAGGAAGUUGUGAUGAGUUUUCCCCCGCUAGCAUCAAGGAGAGGUUGAGCGGUCCAGAAAAAGAAGUACAACACAACAGUGCGAAGAGGAAAAGAAAGGAAGCGUUGUCCCAGUGCAAUGGAACAGUCAGUCCUAAACGCAACCGCGAAAGUGUGCUACGCCUCUCUGGAGAAGAUAGACGAGGUCAAGAGACGGCCACUUCACAAGUCUGUCUGGAAGAAGAAGGAAGUGGAGAGUACGGCGAUUUGGAGAGCCUGGAUCAAACCAUCGUUCAGUUCACAGUGGGAGCAGCUGAUCAGAGAGAAUUUGUGCUCCCAGUCGUGAGUCUUCAUUUGAAGGCUGGAGACUUAAAUGUUGCCAUAAACCAGGACACAUCAUCCCAAGUCCCCACAUCUGAACCCAUUGUGCUGUCUAGUGACGAUGAGGAGAGCGGUGAGGUUCGUCAGCGCUGCGGCUCGGCGGUGAACACACCGGUCGCUGCAGAAGACUCGGCUGAACAGGAACAGACCUCACAUGAAGAUGUGGCCGAACAACAAGAAGCUCCUGAUUUACCACACAUACAGCAGGUGGUGAGUGUAAUUGUAGAAGAUCCUGGUUCAGUCUCUCUCAUCCCCAGUCAGGACAUCUCCCUCACCCUCAUGAGUCUGGCCUUCUCCACCCUGCACUGUGGAGGUUACAGCGGGAAAGCGGUUGGAGACAUCAUGAUAACAGAAGAAGAUAUCCUCAUCCCCCUGACAGACCCCAGUGAAGAGGUGGAUGUGAUGUUAACCUUUCAGCGUAAGGAGCUGAGGAGGUACAGCGUUUGGGAGCACCAAGAACUUGAAGCUGAGGGGCUUUGCUUCAGAAGUGAAGAAGCCUUCCCUGCUGCCCUUCUGUUUUGUGUGUCAGACUCCGGUGCUGCUGCUGUACAGCGGUACCUCGUCGACCUGUACGUCAAGCAAGACUUCAUAAACACUGACAAGGCGAGCCCCUUCAUCCUGUUGACGCUAACAGAUCCUCUGGAGGGAAUCAAGGGGGCUUUAUUGCGCUCUUUCCUGGAAAUGGACUGCGUCAAGGGUCUUACUGAUGAAAGACUGAGUGCAGACAGCAUCACCAGGGAAGGCGUGCACCCUCCUGCUUUGACUCUGGGUGAAAGCAUAGAGCUGAUAAGAGAGACCGGCCGUGACUCUGCCCUGCUCUCUCUGCUUGGUCUGGAGAACGCCGACCAUGGCCUCGACACAGACAGCGAUGGUUCACAUUCUGAUGCAGUUGAAAACACUUCACCACUCAUGCAGUUUGAGGACGCAGCCCAGAAAGAGACAGAGAAAGAGAAAGUACCAGACCUGGAAACAACAACAGUCGGGGACACUGGGAAUCAAGAGUCAACACCCACCUCUGAGAGGUUAAAAAAGGACAACACUCCUGUAUACACACUGUGCCAUCGUAGAACCUCAGGAUCCUACUCCGUGUCUCUGUGUAGACCAGACCGCAGCUGGACUAAAUAUAAACAUCAAGGCCUCGCUCACAGGUUGAUCCAGUUUCCUCCUCCGCCAUUAAAAGGAGGAAUCACUGUGACAAUGGAAGACCUGCAGUGUCUUGACAGUGGGCAGUUCCUCAACGAUGUCAUCAUAGAUUUUUACCUCAAAUAUCUCCUCCAGAACUCCUCGGAGGCUUUGGCCGAACGCUGCCACAUCUUCAGCAGCUUCUUCUUCAAGCAGCUAACGCGGAGAGACAAUGCCAGUGAAGGAAACACCAAUGAGACCUGUCAGAGACAGAAGCGGCACCAACGGGUGAAAACAUGGACCCGCCAUGUGGACAUCUUCGAAAAGGACUUCCUGUUUGUGCCUGUCAAUCAGGAAGCUCAUUGGUAUUUAGUCGUCAUUUGCUUUCCUGGAAUGAAGGAGCCAACACUCGAGGCCUGGAACAGUAAAAACUCAAAUAAUGGGAGUAGCAACGACGUAACCAAAGAUUUACAGGAACAAGAGCCGGCUCAAGGAUCGAAAAGCCCGAAUGAUAACACAGAGGUUCCUUCUACACUAGAAAAGAAUGACAACGUGGACACAGGGACGGAAAAAGCUCCAGGAGAAUCCACCAAAGAUCCAGCACCUGGUCCAGUGGACUGCACAGAGCAGACCUGCCAGAGAAAAACAGUUUGCAAGAGGCCGUGUAUUCUCAUCAUGGAUUCUCUCAAACUUUCUCUUCACGAGCGAGUCUUUAAACUCUUAAGGGACUACUUACAAUCAGAAUGGGAGGUACGUCGUGGUUCAUCACAGGACUUCAGCCCUGACCAGAUGCUAAACUCUCACUGCCAGGUUCCCCUUCAGGACAACAGCAGUGACUGCGGCCUCUACCUGCUGCAGUAUGUCGAGAGCUUUUUAAAGGAUCCCGUGGUGCACUUUGACCUCCCUCUACACCUAGAACGUUGGUUUCCACGGCAGCAGGUGCGGAGGAAAAGGGACGAAAUCCGAGAUCUAGUACUUCACCUCUACAGAAAACAAAACCUGGAUGCACACAGAUAGACGCACGUCGAAGCUCUGCUGUUCAGUGCAUCACAUUCCUGUAGCCUUUAUCAAUCUCUGCUCAUACUGAGUGAUGGACGUUUCAGAGUGAAAUGAAAAGAUUUUCUCUUUAUAUUUGAUGCUGUUUUUGUUUCAUGCAUUAGGUUUCUGUUGUUCCUGUGAGUGAAGAAGCUAUCGAUGAAUUAAAAAUAAAACAGGUAGGAGGUCUUUCAACUAGAAAGAGUCCUAACAGUAGAUCCAGUAUAGACAUGCACAGCCCACGGACAAUGUUUGUACCCUCUCUGGCUUUUUACUGAUUGUUUUAAAGCUGCAAGAUAUUUUUUUAAAGCCUUUUUUGUAUUUAAAUCUUUUUUACAUAGAAUUCAAAGACAAACAAAAAUAAUGUAAGAGUAGAACAGUUAAGCAUUGUUUGAACAGCAGAUUGUAAACAGUUUUAGUUUGCUUGCUUUGCUUAACACUUAAUGUCAAAUACUUAAGUCUCAGUGAUGGGGUCUCCAAUCGAAAACGUUGUUUUAUUCCUUGCAUAAAAACUCCUUUUCUGGAUUACUGAACCCCAUGAACACUUAGUCCUCUACACAUACACAGGUUG